GGAGGAGGCUACGCGGACACGCGCGACCUACGGAAGAGUCGCGGCUGCGCCUCCCAGCCCCUCCCCUCGCCCGGCGGGGACGCGCCCGGCGGGGACGCGCGCGGGUCGGCCCGCGCCGCGCGUGGCGGCCUCGCUACCCCCCUCCCGGAGAAGGAGUCGCGCGGCCUCUUCCUUCCGGCUCCGGCGCGCCACCGCCGCCACAUCCCGGGCCCGCGGGCCGCGGCGCCAAGCCCUGGGGCGGGGCCGGCCUCCGCGCGCGUGGUCCAGGGCUGGCGCGGCUGUAGGACCCAGCUGGCUCGCACUGCACGGAGGUGACAAGAGAAACCAGGAACCUCAGCAAAGCAAAAAACUGGAAGGAAAUGUGGGCCUCAGACCUCAGAAGCAGGAACCACUGAAAGAUUGAUGUUUGACAACAUGCACCACCAGUGGCUUCUGCUGGCCGCAUGCUUCUGGGUGAUUUUCAUGUUUAUGGUGGCUAGCAAAUUCAUCACAUUGACCUUCAAAGACCCUGACGUGUACAGCGCCAGACAGGAUUUUCUGUUCAUGACGGCCAUGCCAGAUGAAGAGAAACUGCCUGAGGAGAAGCGUUUUUCCGAGGAACUAAAGUUACAGCCAACUGGGAAAAUGCUUUCAGACAGCCAGCUUGUUCAACCUCUUGUCUAUUUAGAGCGCCUGGAACUUAUCAGAAAUGUCUGCAGGGAUGAAACCCUAAAGAAUCUCUCUCACACUGCAGUCUCCAAGUUUGUCCUGGACCGAAUAUUUGUCUGUGACAAGCACAAGAUUCUUUUUUGUCAGACUCCCAAAGUGGGCAACACCCAGUGGAAGAAAGUGCUGAUUGUGUUAAAUGGAGCUUUCUCUUCCGUUGAAGAAAUCCCUGAAAAUGUGGUCCAUGACCAUGAGAAGAAUGGCCUCCCUCGACUCUCUUCCUUCAGCGAUGCAGAAAUUCAGAAGCGCCUGAAAACAUACUUCAAGUUUUUUAUUGUAAGAGAUCCUUUUGAAAGACUGAUCUCUGCCUUUAAGGAUAAGUUUGUUCACAAUCCACGCUUUGAACCUUGGUAUAGGCAUGAAAUCGCCCCUGGAAUCAUCAGGAAAUAUAGGAGGAACCGGACAGAGACCAGGGGCAUUCAGUUUGAAGAUUUUGUGCGCUAUCUGGGUGAUCCAAACCGCAGAUGGCUGGACCUUCAGUUUGGGGACCACAUCAUCCACUGGGUGACAUAUGUAGAACUGUGUGCACCCUGUGAGAUAAAGUACAGUGUUAUUGGGCACCAUGAAACCCUGGAGGAUGAUGCCCCUUACAUCUUAAAAGAAGCUGGUAUAGACCACCUAGUGUCAUACCCGAUCAUCCCCCCAGGUAUUACAGUCUAUAAUAAAACCAAGGUAAAACACUACUUUCUGGGCAUCAAUAAACGAGACAUCCGUCGACUCUAUGCACGUUUUGAAGGGGACUUUAAGCUCUUUGGUUAUCAGAGACCAGACUUUUUGCUAAAUUAAUGUGUAGGACUGUGGAUUAGAAAAAUCUUUGCUAGACUGGAGGCUGAACAGGUGGAUCUGAGUACAGAAAUAACAGUACAUCACACUCCUUCUGAAGACUUUUUGCACUGUCCCAUGACCUGUGCAUGCUUCGACCAUUGAAGCUGGACUCUGACCAUCACAAUGUAUUUUGGACAUCAGCUACAGUGAGGAUCCUUGCCCCUACCAAUGAUAGAAGACCUUUGCCCACCUUAUAAGGAGAAAAGACUAAACAUAAGCAGUCUGACAGACUGAUCAGAAUAAUUAUAUGACAUUGUGAAUCAUUUAUCUCAGUUUCAAAGAGGCAAACACACAUACAUCUCCUAUGGAUGUUGGGAUGGCCCUGGCUGUCAUCAGUGGACUGUAGGCAUAGGACACAGCACUUGUGAGAGAGAUGGUGAAGUCAAUGGCCUGCAAAAGUCAUGGGAUAAUGCAGGAGCAUAUCUGAGUAAUAACACUUCCAACUUUCAUCUUGGCGCUGCUAUAAUCACAGAGGCAAACCAUUCCUUCCAUGACUGUUUUGAUGUGAAAUUCAGGGAUGACCCAAGGACACUUUUCAGUGGUUCAUGUUUUCAGAAUACACACUCAUAUACUGCUAGUCCUAUUUCUGACUCUCUGCCUACCAAGUGGUAUUCUCAUUCAGCUAAAAUACGAUUUUGGAAAAAGGAGAUGUAAUCUGGGGAAUUGAAGGCAUUUUAUAUUCUUUCCACUUAAGGAAUAUGGUGGAGGAGGGGUUAAAAGAAUAUGGUAUGGGGGAAAGCAGAGCUGGUUGAGUCCUGUAGUUGAUUGAGUCCAUCCUGAUUAUUGCCCACCUUGGUCUUUGUCACAUCUGGAUAGAUACCAGGGUUUUUUCUGCCUUCCUGUUCCACGGCCUUCUUCUGAAGCUGAAGACAAACAGGGACUACAUGCCAGCAUUUCAGAUUCAAUGUGUUCUACAUAUUUCAACUUCUUUCAUCUCAGCCAAUUAUUCAUCACUAGAUCCAUUUCUGAUAAUGCAAUCAUCCUGGAAUAAAUGGCUAUAAGACUGAUAAGUUCACCAGCAAUAAAAUCCUGGGCUGAGGCAACCUCCAGUAACAUCUUCCAGGGAUUGAGGAACAAGCCACAGCUACUAUUUCAGAUGCCAAUCACCAAUGAGGGCCAUUAAGAUAUGGGACAGCUUUCCCAUGAAAAGUCCCAAGUGCCCAGAUCUGCACAGUGCCCAAGAGCCUGCCUUCGCCAGGCAGUCAUUACCUUCCCUUUCUCAAAUAGCUUCCUGUAAAUGUGAAAGUAAAAUAAAAUAAAACAUGUGCCAAACCUGACUUAUGCUACAAUUACAGGGGAAACUGCUCAUACACAUGGUCCCUGACUCCUGGGGACAGUGAUGAGAAGUAUAGGCCUGUUGGGAUGGCUGCUGGUGACAGAACUGUAGAAGGGAAAGCAAGACUCAAAUGUUGCUGACAGUGAUACUGAUGCAGGCAGUUAAUGUGAUAGCCCUUUCACCCGUAGCUUACAUGCAAAGAAUGUAAUGCUUGAACAGUUUUUCUAUGAAACUUUAGCAAGGUGUUAAUGACAAUCAUUUCAUACCUAUGAAGUUAAUUUGUUUUCUCUUUACUAUUUGAGGUAUAACUGUGAAUAAUGUGUAUGAAUUUAAAGCUUUAAUGUUUUUAAUUUAAAAUUUUUGUCUCAUAAAUUAAAGUUUAAUCACUUAAGUAUCCCCUGC